AUGCCCUCCACGUCGCCCACUGCGUCGAACUCGCACCGCUCCAUACCCCUGGACUCGUUCCACGAGCCCUACACACGGAGCGGCGACGACGUCUCGCUCGACCAGGUGCGCUCCCAGAUCACGGCGCUCGAGAACGAGCUACGCGGACGCGACAUCGCCCUCAGCGGCCGUAUCAUCCAUGUAUGCCACUACCUCCCCGUCGUCGCCACCCUAAACACCCGCGCUGGCAUCCCCAGCCCACCCGCUACGCCGCCGAGCAAGGCCGGUGACGUUCCGCCCAGUCCGUCCAGCGAGAAGCCUGAAGCUUGGAUCACACCCAGUGAGAGCACUACGCCACAGCCGGCCCAGAGCUCUACUGCGUGGACGCUCAAACCCCGGUAUGGCCACGCUGCGAUGAUUUCUGGUAUCCGUUCUUUGGCUACUACACAUGAGCAGUUCAUCGUCGGAUGGACCGGCGACAUCCAAGCCACCAACCCGAAUGAACGUGUGCCCGCCAACACCGUCUCUGACGGCGACCGCCGCAUGCUGGAGGAGGCGCUGCGAGGAUACGUCGCGAAGGAGACCGACGGAGAUUUGGAUGUAGACGAUGACGACAACGAGCCCCUGUCCCCAGUUGGCGAAGCUAAGCUCAAGAAGCGCAAAACAAGCUAUGUCCCCGUUUGGGUGGACGACAAGGUUGCGCACGGCCAUUAUGAUGGAUACUGCAAGCAAACUUUGUGGCCGCUCUUCCAUUACCUUCUUUGGCAGGAUGUCGCGACUGAAUAUGCCUCCGCGGACCAAUACUACCCCCCAUAUGUUCAGGCAAAUGAACUCUUCGCACAGACGGUCGAGAAAUUGUACCAGCCGGGCGAUUUGAUUUGGGUACAUGACUACCACCUUCUCCUUGCGCCCAAGAUGAUACGUGACCGUCUCCCCGAUGCCACUAUCGGGCUUUUCGUCCACACACCAUUUCCUAGCAGCGAAGUUUUCCGCUGCUUGCCUCGUCGCAAAGAGAUUCUUGAUGGUAUGCUCGGCGCGAACCUUAUCUGCUUCCAGACCUAUGCCUACUCUCGGCACUUUACUUCAACGUGUGUCCGCGUGUGCGGAUACGAGACCACGUCGAAGGGGAUUGAUGUCGAGAGUCACACCGCUGCCGUGAUGCAUUGCCCAGUGGGUAUCGAUGCUAUGCGAGUAUCAAGAGAUGUUCUUCGCCCGGGCAUCCAACCGAAACUUGUGGCGCUUCGCAAUCUUUACGAAGGCAAGAAGAUCAUUGUCGGCCGCGACAAGCUCGAUGUCGUCAAGGGUGUGUUGCAGAAGCUUCGUGCCUUCGAGAAGUUGCUGCAAGACUACCCAGAGUGGAUCGGCAACGUCGUUCUCAUCCAAGUCACCUCACCCGCUCUCACCGACAGCCCUAAAUUGGAGCGCCAAGUCAGCGAGCUCGUCUCACACAUCAACGGCGAAUACGGAAGCUUGGACUUCAUCCCCGUUCACCACUACCACCAAACCCUGAAGAAGGAUGAAUUCUACGCGCUCUUAUCUGUGGCUGACUUGGGUGUCAUUACUCCUCUCAGAGAUGGCAUGAACACGACUUCGAUGGAGUUCGUUAUCGCUCAGGAGAUGACGAAGAAGAGCCCCAGCGUGCUCAGUGAGUUUAUGGGCAUCAGCAAAAAUAUGGAAGAUGCUCUGCAGGUGAAUCCCUGGGAUCUCGGGGGAGUGGCUGCUGCCAUGAACAGGGGUUUAUUGAUGUCCGACGCCGAAAAAGCUGAGCGCCACCGAAAACUAUAUAAGGUCGUGUCAACGCAUACCUCGCAUCAUUGGGCUUCCGUUCUUGUGAAAAUGCUACUCGGGCAAAUGGGUGGUGAGGGCAUGGCUAGACAGACUCCAUACAUCCCCAGAGAUGUUUUGAACAGCCGAUACAAGGCAGCGAAGAAGAGACUAUUCCUUUUCGACUACGACGGCACUCUUGCCCCGAUAGUGAAGACGCCAUCGAUGGCUGUUCCCUCGGCGGCAACCCUGGAAGCACUCGAGGUCCUCUCCGCAGAUCCAGCAAAUCUUGUCUACAUCAUCUCCGGUCGCGACGGCGCCUUCCUAGAACAACAUCUUGGACAUUUACGCAAUGUCGGAUUCAGCGCUGAGCAUGGAGGCUUCAUGCGCGAACGCGGAUCCGCUGAAUGGGUGAACUUUACGGAGAAGUUGGAUAUGUCGUGGAUGAGCGAGGUGCUGGAGAUCUUCAAGUACUACACGGAGCGCACGACGGGAAGCCAUAUCGAGGUGAAGAAGAGCUCGAUUACUUGGCAUUAUAGGGGUGCCGAUCCAGAGUGGGGGUUGUUCCAGUGCCGACAAUGCCAGGAUUUGUUGGAGAACAACUUGGUCCAUAAGCGACCCAUUGAGGUUCUCGUCGGAAAGAAGAACUUGGAGGUGCGACCGGUGGCGGUCAACAAGGGCGAAAUCGUCAAGCGAAUUCUGUACAGGAACCCCGAUUCAGAGUUCAUCUUCUGCGCCGGUGACGAUAAGACGGACGAAGACAUGUUCCGUGCCCUCAGCUUGUUCCCCCCGGGUACCACGAAAGCCACGUUAGAUGCCCCCAUCUCCGUCACGCUCAUUGACGGCAACGACACCCCGUCUUCACCUUCUACCCCCUCCGAGAGCAGCCAGACCACUUUCCCCGCCGUCGAUCUAGCUAUCCACAAGGAAGCCGUCUUCACCACCGCCGUUGGACACAGCAGCAAGCGGACACUGGCUAGCUGGCAUGUCACCACACCCCAAGAGAUCGUGGAGCAUAUGCUGGACUUGGUGCAUGAUGUUGUUCAAGCUUGA